CCAGCAUGGGCCGGGCAGUCCCAUGGUUGCUUUCUUUUAGGUUUCUUGAACCGCAAUUUUCCCCUACCGAGUGGCCACAGAGCACUUUAGAUUCCCAAAAUGAAGCUUGACACAAGCGGCCUCGAAGCUUUCGUCCCGCCUAGCAGGGGGCUCAACGUCCUGUCAAGUGACUUCACGGCGUCACCCGCCUUUGAUCUACCCGGCUGCACUGAUUUUGAUGGGUUUCAGAAGAACGCCGUCCAGAUGGUGAAGCCGGCAAAAGGAACGACGACUCUUGCCUUUAUAUUCAAAGAAGGCGUCAUUGUGGCUGCCGAUUCCCGAGCCAGCAUGGGAGGAUAUAUCUCUUCACAAACCGUGAAGAAAAUAAUUGAGAUAAACCCUUACAUGAUUGGCACAAUGGCCGGGGGUGCUGCAGAUUGUCAAUUUUGGCAUAGAAACUUGGGGAUCAAGUGCCGUCUACAUGAACUAGCAAACAAAAGAAGGAUUUCCGUGACAGGUGCUUCUAAGCUUUUGGCAAACAUUCUGUACUCAUACCGUGGAAUGGGCCUUUCAGUUGGGACCAUGAUUGCUGGAUGGGAUGAAACGGGCCCAGGAUUAUAUUAUGUUGACAGUGAAGGAGGUAGGCUGAAGGGAAAACGAUUUUCUGUUGGAUCUGGUUCACCAUAUGCAUACGCUGUACUUGACAGCGGGUACCGAUUUGACUUGUCAAUUGAAGAAGCAGCAGAGCUUGCUCGUCGUGCAAUUUAUCAUGCGACUUUUCGUGAUGGAGCAAGUGGUGGAGUUGCUAGCGUUUAUUAUGUUGGGCCUGAUGGUUGGAAGAAGCUUUCUGGGGAUGACGUUGGCGAGCUGCACUACAAGUACUACCCAGUUGUCACGUCCUCUGUGGAGCAGGAAAUGGCCGAAGCACCAGUGGCUUAGAGAUUCAUUUUAUUCAGAUUCAGAUCCCUGCUCCACUUACUGUUACCAUAUCUAUUGCAGCUCACUUAAAAGGAGUUUGAAAUUUACACAAUUUGAAACUUGAGAACUAUAAGAAACUGAAACCUGUUUCUAAUUUUUAUAUGAUUCAAUGCUCCAACUACCUUUUUAUGACAUCUUUCCAUCAGUAAAAUUGUUUCACUUAUCAUUUCCCAGUUAUAGUGUUUCAUCUUGCAUGUGUCAUUACUAGAAGCUAUAACUUUUCAAUCGAAUAACAUCAUUGUACUUCA